GUUGAGAUGGCACAUACAAUACAUUCACAAUACCAUUUUCAUGUCUCUUCAGCCGCUAGCAACCUUCGCACUCGCGAUCGAUAUAAUACGGCUUGGGCUGAUAUGAAUACUAACCCCUUCUACGUAGUUGCCGUACAUGGAGGUGCAGGCUCACAUAGCCGGUCAAAAACCUACACGAUGGAAGUCAAGCACGCUCUUAUAUCAGCUUGUGAGUCCGCUCUGGCUCGUCUAGUUCAGAACAGAACAGCCCUAGAUGCGACCGAAAGUGCCAUCACGGUCCUCGAAGAUGAUCCUUCAUUGAAUGCUGGCUAUGGUUCGAAUUUGACGCUGGAAGGCACCGUCGAAUGUGAUGCCGCUCUCAUGGAUGGUGCGACGGGAAAUUAUGGCAGCGUCGGGGCCAUUAGCGGUGUCAAAAACCCAAUCUGCGCAGCACGAACUGUCCUCCGACAUGCCUUCAUCUCCGACCCACUAGGACGAAUACCUCCGCUACUAAUGGUGUCUCGUGGUGCGGAGACAUUUGCUCAAAAUCAGGGCUUGCCUUGUGUUUCUCCAGAAUUGAUGAUCUCUCCACGAGCGCAAGCUGACUGGGAAAGAUGGAAGACUCGUCUCGAUUCCGUCUGUGCUGGUAUUGAUGUACCUGAAGAUAAUUUUCCUCGGUCCUCGGGUUUGCGUGAUAUUCAGGAUACCGUGGGCGCCAUUGCUUGGGACCCUGACGGAGGCUUAGCUGCUGGUGUCUCAAGCGGAGGUCUCUUGUUGAAGCAUUCGGGACGAAUCGGCGAGGCAGCGACGUUUGGAGCUGGGUGCUGGGCUCAUCAGUUGGCGUCCAACGAUGUGUCUUGUUCCUUCGGCGGAGUGGCCUGUAGUGUGUCCGGUACCGGUGAAUAUAUCAUGCGAUGUGUGUUAGCCAAGACUAUAGGCGAGAAACUGCUCUCAGGCCGUGGAGAAGACACGCAUGAUGUUCUUCAUGAAGUGCUAGAAAACUUUCAUGUUGUCUGUCGUAGUCUUGGUGACAAUGAAGCUCAUGCAGGAGUGCUCUUGUUAGUCAAAGAGCGCGAUGAGGCAGGCACAGUGAACGCUCGACUGUGGUGCGCUUUCACAACGGAAAACAUGGCGGUAGGUUAUGCAUCUUCCUUGAACCCUCAACCUAAAGUCAGUACAUCCCACACACAUCAGACGCAUAUGUGCUUGGAUUUCUCCGCUAAUUUGUUGUCUGAUUAGGCUGUGAUCAUACGUAGACCCUCACAACCCGCAUCUGUUGAUAGACAUUCGAUGUAUAUCACGACCCUACCUUUAACAGCGGGAUGAUACAAAGUGACUGAUAGAUUUGAACAUCCUGAUGUCGGACAACUGUAGGCUCCUCGUCACAGCAUUAUACAUUAGAUGCAAUAAAGUGUAGAGUAGUAUCCACCAAGAAUGGAAUAUGCCUUCAUCCGAAAGCUCAUCUUGGCGGUAAUGAGGUACCAUUACGACUUGGCGAUGGUGCCACGAGUCCAUUCCCCAUGCUCGAGCGCGGUGUCCCGAUUGACUGUGACCGAGGAAGACUCGUAGCCGGCGGGGUAGGUGCAGGUGUCCGAGGAGCAGGAGCGGCGGGUUUCGAAGCGUUGAGACGCUGCAACGUCUUGAUCGGAAAUUUCGUC